AUGGAUACUCACCACCAAGAAAGUGAUCUUUUCAAUCAUUAGGGCUGUGUUCAAUGGUUAGAUACAAUCAUUGAAAGCUUUGAAAAAACUUAGGAUUUCCCAGUUGAAGAAUUGUGCAAAUUCCUUCAUGAAUUUUGCGGAGUUUUUAGAAAAAUGGGUAAAUUACUUAGCAUGGCAUUUAGUGAUGUUGACGACAAAGUCAGAAUCUUGAGAACCCAUACUUAAAAUUACAAGGAUGAAUGUCAUGGACAAUUAUUCGCUGUUGUUAAGAAAGAAAUGGGCUUAAAUAUUGCUGCUCUUAACGGAGAAAAUAACAAAAAGCUAACUAAAGAUCCUAAAUAUUCAAAUUAUGAUUCUUUUUCAAGAAAUUUAUUAAGAAUGAUGUGGUUCUAAAAUUAUCUCAAAGUUAUGUUUGAAGAACUUGUUAUAGAUAGAUAAUAAAAAUCAAGCAAAGCUUUCUAAAAGGCUUAUGACUUUGCUUUCUCUAAGCAUCAUUCCUUUAUGGUUAAAGCUGGUGCUAGUUUAGCUAUGUCUGCAGCUCCUAGUAGAGAAAAAGUUAAGGAGUUAUGUCUUGGCAAAAAUGGUACAGAUGAGCAAUUCUACAAAAUUAUGACCGACAUUUAUACUAGAAUAGAUAAAGUAAAAAGUUUUUAAUGGGGCUUUUAUGAAGCUAAUAAUCUAACCGCUCUCCCAUGA